AAACCUUCGUUACUGUAUAACAGAUUGCCAUCCAUUUAAACCUCACUCACCCCGUUCUUUCAAACCCCAAAAACCCACAUCUCCCUCCUCUUCUCUCUCGCUCCCUCCCUCUCUCUGAAGAUUUUCAUAACUAUGUGCCAGAAAUCUUCGCCUCCUGAUUCUUGCAAAAGCCAUUUAGAACCAUCAACCAAAAUAGACAUACCUGACGUGCUAGCUCCUUUGGUCCCCGAGAAUCCAACAUGUCACCAACAGAAGCAAAAUCCAGAAAAGACCCUUCUUUCUCCAGCAAUUAAUGAAGCAAAAUGCAUAGCCAAUAUUGCUCUUCCCAUGAUAUUAACUGGUCUUCUACUCUAUUCUCGCUCCAUGAUCUCCAUGCUCUUUCUUGGCCGCCUGGGGGAGCUUGCCUUAGCCGGUGGUUCUCUGGCGAUUGGUUUUGCAAACAUCACCGGUUAUUCUAUUCUCUCUGGCCUUGCAAUGGGAAUGGAACCAAUCUGCGGCCAAGCUUUUGGUGCCAAAAGAUACAAACUUCUUGGCCUCACCAUGCAGAGAACAAUUCUUUUGCUUAUCUUGAUUUCAUUUCCUAUAGCCUUUUCAUGGUUCAACAUGAAAAAGAUUCUUCUCUUUUGUGGCCAAGAAGAUGAUAUAGCCACAGAAGCACAAACAUACAUUCUUUAUUCUCUCCCUGACCUAAUCUUGCAAUCCCUUUUACACCCUUUGCGUAUCUACCUUAGAACUCAAUCAAUUACUCUGCCUCUAACAUACUGUGCAGCUAUAUCCAUUCUUUGCCAUAUACCCAUUAACUAUUUUCUCGUGUCUGUACUCAAUCUCGGAAUCAAAGGUGUUGCACUAAGUGGGAUUUGGACCAACUUUAAUCUCGUAACUUCACUGAUCAUCUACGUUAUCCUCUCUGGCAUGCACAAGAAAACAUGGGGUGGGAUUUCAUUGGAGUGCUUAAGAGGGUGGAAAUCUUUAUUGAAUUUGGCAAUUCCAAGUUGCAUCUCGGUUUGCCUUGAAUGGUGGUGGUAUGAGAUUAUGAUUUUGCUAUGCGGGCUGUUAUUGAAUCCAAGAGCAACAGUUGCUUCGAUGGGAAUAUUGAUUCAAACCACGGCUUUGAUAUACAUUUUCCCAUCUUCUUUAAGCUUUGGCGUGUCAACCAGAGUUGGCAAUGAAUUGGGUGCCAAUAAUCCCCAAAAUGCGAAGCGUGCUGCUAUAACUGGUCUGUCUUCAAGCUUCGCCUUGGGAUUUUCCGCAUUGUUUUUCGCGGUAAUGGUGAGGAAGGUUUGGGCCAACAUGUUCACAGAAGAUGCAGAGAUUAUUGCAUUGACCUCAAUGGUUUUGCCUAUAAUCGGGCUUUGUGAGCUUGGAAAUUGCCCGCAAACGACAGGUUGCGGUGUUCUGAGGGGAACAGCCAGGCCUAAAAUGGGCGCAAAUAUUAACUUGGGAUGUUUUUAUCUUGUGGGUAUGCCCGUUGCUAUUUGGUUAAGUUUCUAUGCUGGCUUUGAUUUUAAAGGACUUUGGCUUGGUCUCUUGGCCGCCCAAGGCUCAUGCGUGGUGACCAUGAUGUUCGUUUUGUCUCGCACCGAUUGGGAACGGCAAGCCCUCAGGGCUAAGGAGCUCACAAGAAAUGUCAACAGUGCUGAUGACAUUGAAGAAGAGGAUGGGACAUUAAAGGAUGAACAUGAUAAAAGCCAAUCAUCCAGCCAUGACAAUGAUUCAUUAGCUUGAUUCAUCACCAAUUCUAACCAUCCAUAUUUUUUUUAUAGAUUAAUUCAAUCACACGCUUGUAUCAAAUUCAUAUUUUCAUUCAAAUCCACAAAUCACAUAUAGAGAGAGUUGUUAAUUUUUUUAAAAUCUGUAAAGGAAUUGAAUUAAUUGAAUUUUAGGGAUAUCCUUUUGUUUCA